AUGGAGCAAGACGAGUCUCAAACCCUCCCAGGAGAUUGGAAGAAGAAAGGAAAGAAUGUAGUGUGGUCUAAGGAGAUGGAUCGAUGUCUCAUUCUGGAACUUGUACUUCAAGCUAAUGAAGGUUAUAAAGUGGACAAGGGUUUUAAAGAUCACGCUUAUACUGUAGCUUUAUCAGCUAUGAAUCAAGUUUUAACAUUUCUCUCAGUCGAGACCAUUGUGUUAAUCGGUAAAUAUAUAAAUGCUAACUUGUCAAGACAAAUGGAUGUUAGUGUCGAUGAGUACACGCCGGUCUUUUAUCACAAUGAGAAAAUGGUAGUCGACAACUUGGGUGAUAUAGAAGGCAAUGGAUCUGGACAUCAACAAGACAAUGAUAGUAUUCAGAUGCCAACAUAA